CGACUUCUUUCACCUAAAUUACUUGUGACCUAUUUUCCUGCGAAACAACUUUGUCUACUACAACUUCUCUCCUAUAAUUCAUAACACAACCAACCAACUGUUGCAUUCGCUUCCAAGAUCUCUCAUGCUUUCUGAAUAACCAAAAAACAAUCCAUCCGGCACGACCUUUUUUUUCCUAUUCUACUGCACGAUCCCUGCCAUUGCAAGUCGAGAGUUACUUCGACUCCUGGCCCACCAAACAUGUCGCAAUACUACGGCGCGCCUCCUCCAAACCAGUUCGUCGGUGGUGCAGCAGCAGCGCAAAACCUUCAAUUCUACCCUUCUACAUAUUCGCCAGGUGUUCCAGGUCAAGCAACUGCGGCGCAAUCAUAUGGAUAUGGCGCACCUACGCCUGGGCCUAGUGGGUAUGGGGGUUUUGGUGCCGCGCCGGGCGUGAGUGGAAGGAUGGGCGAGCAAGGUGGCCUACGGACAGGUUGGCUAGCCGCCUUCUCGACGGAAGGAUAUGAUGGAGAGCCUCCUUUGCUAGAAGAAUUAGGUGUCAACUUUGAUCACAUACAAAUGAAGACCCUAGCAGUCCUCAACCCCUUCGGACGUAUAGAUCAACACAUCAUGGACGACUCAGACCUCGGCGGCCCUAUCCUCUUCUUCCUUCUAUUCGGCACGUUUUUACUCUUCAGCGGCAAGGUGCACUUCGGAUACAUUUACGGACUAGCGUUGAUGGGAUCGGUUGCGCUGCACACAAUCCUAUCGCUUAUGUCACCCGACGACUCUAAUUCUACAUCACCUGCUGUACCAGCAUACUCGGCUACCCCAGGCUAUCCAAGCGAUCCUAACGCAGGCGGCAGGGAUGAUAAUAAGGGACAACUGAGCAACAACUUGACAUUCGCGAGAAGCGCAAGUGUACUUGGGUAUUGCCUACUCCCGCUAGUUAUGACUAGUCUUGUUGGCAUUAUUAUACCGAUGGAUGGACCGCUCGGCUACAUCUUGACAAGUGCAGCUAUCGUAUGGUGCACAACAAGCGCUAGUGGUAUGUUCUGCGCCGUGGGACGAAUGAUGCAGAUGAGGGCCUUGGUGGCAUACCCGCUCAUGUUAUUCUACGUCGGCUUUGGUAUUAUGAGCAUUUUCAGCAGCAGGGGAUCCGGUAGCCUGGGCAAAGCGGCAGGCGUGUCAUGAAGCACUGGUCAGUCAUCGAAAACACUAAACUAUUAGUCUGUCGACGUCCAAUAAU